AGUUGUGAUUUUACAGUUCAAAUCGGCGAAGUGUCCAUCAAAUGUCAUAGCAUUAUCCUGGCGGCCUGUUCGCCGUUUUUUCUUGGAUUGCUGAGAUCUGGAAUGAAAGAAGCCAACGAGGGACUUGUAGUUCUACAAAAUGUAUCAGCCUCCAACUUUCAGUUAAUCUUGAAAACAUUGUACACCGGUGAAGACGUGUUGAGUCUUGACAACUUCAUCGAAAUCUGGCACGCUGUAGAUAUGCUGCAGAUUGAAUUUCUUGUAGACUUAUGUGAAACAUUCGCUUCUCAAAACAUAAAACUAGAAAAUUUCAGUGAAAUCUUCUCCACUGCCAAUCUCUUUAAUUCUAAAUUAGUGCUGUCGUCGGUGAAAACAUUCAUGAUUCAGAACUUUGAAUCUAUUUAUACAUCUAAACGUUUCUUAGAAUUAUCUUUUGAUGAAAUGUGUUUUAUAGUUAGCAGUCAUGCCCUUCAUUUCAACAGCGAACAUCCUGUACUAGAGUUGAUUCUAAACUGGGCUGAAUACAAAAUUGCUGUUAGAGUUUCUAAAGCGGUAAACAACUGCAAUGAAAACAAUAAAAAAUUAAAAACAUUAGAACCAGUUAGUAGUUUAAGCUAUGCCAGCUUGAAAUAUACACAGCUUAACAGUUUAGAAGACAAAACUACCAUGUGUGCAGACACUAUUGGCAAUGACAACCAGCGUAUAGUUGAAUUCUUUUAUGAUUCCAUUGAAAGGACAGAAGACGACAUGUUUAUUUGCGAUUUAGAUUCCACUUCUUCAGAAAAUGUUAGCACAAAUCUUAGCUCUGAUAGAGUUGAUGAACUCAACAUCUUACUGAGUCAAGUAAGAACUUGUAUUAUAUGCCCCGAGUUACUUAUGAAUGUUUUAGAACAUCGUCUCAUUAAACGUAAUGAUAAAGCAUGUCAGAUAAUCGUCUCAGCUCUCUUAAGACAGAUGUCUUUCCGUCACGGCCAGUGGCCAAAAGCUGGUGUAUACAGACAAUGUCAAGAGUACGGUAACUAUGGUAUUAGUUGCAUGAACGGUUCUGGGAAAUUCUUGUUGAUCGAUCCGCUUGAUGAAAAAAGGUACACUCUAACGUCCUGUCCCCGGUUAUGUCGCAACAUCCAGCUAGUUGCUUUUGACAAGGAGCUCUACGCUACUGGAGGACAAUUUGCAUAUCAGAUUACAAGUGACAUGUUUGUUUUCAGGGAUAACACAUGGACGCAUGUAGCGGAGAUCCAAGGAGCAAGUACAUUACUAGCAAGCAAUGGAGAAUACAUUUAUGUUACAAGUGUUUUGGAUAAGGUAAUAUAUCGAUUAAACCCAAAAUGUAAUCCUCCCAGUCUGAUUAAAUUUUCAACUGUACCAGUUUAUAGUUGUGUAACCCAUGUCAUGAGCUACCAAAUUUACCUCAUCUUCUUCUGUGCUGACACAGACGUCCAUAUGUUAGACCUUCAUGCCAAAAGCUGGACAAGACUGGACAACCUCGAGGGACCAUCUAAAAACAUCAUCAGUUUUCGUAACGACGACAACCACUUUGUGCUACAAACAAAUGGCAGCUUGUGGGUUUUGAGAUCAACGGGUAAACACAUCAGAUUUGGUCUUGUAGCUGAACUUUGGAGUUUACACCACGAUUUGUUUGGAGCACUCUUGUAUGGUGAAAAACUGGUCAUCUUUCACAAAUGUCUAGAACAGGGUCCAGAAAAGAGAAUUGUCUAUAGAGUUGGCAAUGCUUUUGAUUCAUUUAGUUUUUAUGAGUUAUCUUCUCCGUAUUCAAAACUGAUUCCUGUUGUUCUGCCUAAAUAUUGUCUUUCAGAAUGUUUAUAAUACCGGGAUGUCUAGCAUGAUAUUUUGUAACGUUUUAUACUUGCAACAUAAUCCAGUAAUAUUGUUAAACUAGUGCAAAAGAUGAUAACCCUUAAGUAUUAAGAAAUGAUACAAUUUUUACCUUAUGUUCAUUAGAAAACCAUCACGAUAAAUGUAAUAUUACCAUGUUUUACAUUUUAAACAAUUGUAUACACCGUUUCAAUAAAAUAGAUACAUACACUGCACAUGUUUAACGUACACGUGGUAACUAUUAAUAUCAAAAUAAAACAGAAAUACUGAUUACGAAAUUUGAUAGAAAUGAAAAAAUGGUUUUGAAGAGUAAUUGACAUUUUUGGUAAAGCUACAUCACAUUAUACUUUUACUAACUACAUCAAUUUUUAAUGCGAUAUUCUAGCUUCGACUUGAAUAAAAUCGUUUGCGGCAUUAAAAUUAAAGAAGAUAUUCCUCACAAUUCUACAUUUAAAAUAUUUUUGAAUUUCUGUUCUUUUUACAAGAUAGUAUUUACUUGUUUUCUCAUACAGUCUGUCUAUAUGUCGUCAUAGAUAGAAACGGUCGAACGAAAUUUUGGGCACUUGUUACUAACAGAUUCGUUUCAAAAU